AUGGAACUUUCAGAUCUUUGUACAUUAUUCAUCUAUAACACUAUUUUUAAUGUUAAACCAUAUAACCAAAAGAAAGCUAAUACAAUAAAUUCUGAGUCGAGCUCUAAAUUUACUGACAAUAAUUCUGCUACAAACACUAAUUCAGAAAUUGGAACACUAAAGACUUCUACAUCCGAAAGCAAUACGAAAAAAGACGAGCUAUUAAACGAUAAACAUAAUCAAAGUCUGGAUGAGGCACUUGAAAAAAGAUCAGCUGAUAAAACAUGGAGAGACCAUAUUUUAAUUACUUUUCUAUGCUUCAUGGUUGCAUUUGGUGGAUUUGUUUUUGGGUAUGAUACAGGUACUAUUUCCGGAUUUGUAAACAUGACUGAUUUUAUAAAUAGAUUUGGACAAGUUAAUGCUCAAGGUGAACAUUAUUUAAGUGAAAUUAAAAUUGGUUUAAUUAUUUCAGUUUUCAAUAUUGGCUGUUGUAUUGGAGGUUUAAUUUUUUCCAAAAUUGCUGACUUAAAUGGACGUAGAAUUGGUCUAAUGUUUUCAAUGGUAAUAUAUAAUAUUGGUGUUAUUGUACAAAUUUCUGCUCAAUUUGCUUGGUAUCAAAUUAUGAUUGGUAGAUUUAUAACUGGGUUAAGUGUUGGUACGGUGGCUGUGAUUGCACCAAUGUUUAUAUCUGAAUCAUCACCAAAAGUCUUGAGAGGCACUUUAGUUUGUUGUUUUCAAUUGUGUAUUACUUUAGGUAUUUUUAUUGGAUAUUGUUGUACUUAUGGAACUAAACAGCUAAAUAAUUCAGCACAAUGGAGAAUUCCAUUGGGGUUAUGUUUCGCAUGGGCUAUUUUUUUGGUGGUUGGUAUGUUAUUCAUGCCUGAAUCACCAAGGUAUUUAGUUGAAAAAAAGAAGAUUAAAGAUGCAUCAUUAUCCAUUGCAAAAUCUAACAAGUUGAGUCCUGAUGAUCCAAUUGUUCUUUCUGAGUUAUCGUUAAUUCAAGCAGGUAUUGAUAGGAAAGAAAUGGGAAAUAAUGCAUCUUGGAAAGAAUUAAUCAUUGGAAAACCUGCAAUUUUUAAAAGAUUAUUAAUUGGUAUAACAUUAGCAUCAUUGCAACAAUUGACUGGUAACAAUUAUUUUUUCUACUUUGCAACAACAAUAUUCAAGUCUGUUGGUUUAAAAGAUUCUUUUCAAACUUCAAUGAUUUUAGGAGCAGUUAAUUUUUUAUCCACAUUUGUUAACAUUUGGGCAAUUGAAAGAUUUGGUAGACGACAAUGUCUACUAAUUGGAUCAUGUGGUAUGUUUGUUUGUUUUAUAAUUUAUUCAGUAUUGGGUUCAACAAAUUUAUAUAAAGAUCCAUCAAAUUUUCAAAAUUCAAUAACUCAUUUACCAACCGGACGAGCAAUGACUUUUAUAACUUGCUUGUAUAUUUUUUUCUUUGCUUCCACUUGGGCUGGUGGAGUAUUUGCAAUAUUAUCGGAAACUUAUCCAAUAAGAGUGAGAGCCAAAAGUAUGGCUAUUGCAAUGGCUACUAAUUGGAUCUGGGGUUUUAUUAUCUCACUUUGUUCAUCAUUUAUUAUUAAUUCGAUUCAUUUUUAUUAUGGGUUUGUAUUUACUGGGUGUAUUGCUGGAUCUAUUGUCUUUGUUUAUUAUUGUAUCAUGGAAACUAAAGGAUUAAGUUUGGAGGAAAUUGACGAAAUGUGGGCUGCUAAAGUCUUACCUCGGAAAUCUUCUGAAUGGGUUCCUCCAUUUGUUUCAGAGAUGACUCAUUCUUCAGAUAAUGCAAAAGCAAUUAUUGAACAUCAUGACAAUUGUGAGAAUGUUGAUUAA